GUCUUAUGUAAAUAUUAUUACGUCACUUAUUAGAGAAAAAAAUACAAAAUCAAAGCGGAGGGAAUGAAGAAUUUUUUCCCCAUAUAAAUACAUGAGCUGAAACGUUGGUUUUGCUUCCACUUAGCUGUAUUAUUACUUCCUCCAUUGUUAUUUUGGAAUAUUUUGGAAUACAAAAUAUAGAUACAUAAAAAUUCUUGUGAUCAGUGAGUUAAUAAUGGAAAUGGCAAAUUCAAAAGGGGAUCAGCAAGAGAGGAAGAGAAUGAGGCAAAAUGGUGGAGGGUGUGAGAAAUCACCGAAUUGCCCUCGAUGUGACUCCGCCAACACCAAGUUCUGCUACUACAACAACUACAGCCUCGCUCAGCCGCGGUUCUUCUGCAAGUCCUGUCGCCGGUACUGGACUAAAGGCGGCACGCUCCGCAACGUCCCCGUCGGCGGCAGCUGCCGGAAAAGCAAGAAGUCACAUUCCGCCCGAGGGCCGCGGUUCCAAACCGGGCAGGACGACCCCAUUAUCAUCAACCCAUCACCGCCCUCCCUCCUGCAACCGCCUCUGCCGCCGUUUGACAUUCCGCCGCCGAUCAACGCCACCGAUUUUCUCGGAAGUUAUGGGUUUCUGGGAAGUGGGUUUCUCCAAACCCCAACAAACGGGCAGUUUUUCAAUUUUGUGAACGUGGAGAAUGGCUCUGGGAAUCCAUAUGAAGUGGGGUCUUACCCUAAUCCAAGAGAUGAUCAAGAAGAUCAGAGCAGGGCAAACUUGGGAUUUCCAUGGCAUCUGCUUGGAGGAGAUAAUGAAGGCGGCAACAAAGUGGGUAACAGUAACACUACUUCCGACGACGAAGGGUUUGGGCCUAAUUUUUCAUGGCAAGGAAUGAUCAACACCCCACUUACUUAACGGGAACAGUCGAUUAUGAUCGACCGAGAAAAGUCGGUGAAUUUUUUCGGGACAGAGGAAGUAAUUAUUACGAAAUAUUUGUUUAAUUAUAUACAUAGUAUGUGAUGUAUGUGUGCUAAAAUCUAUAAUUUGUCUUCCAAGAAAAGAAUAAUGCAUAGGGUUUUGUUUAUGUCAAUUAGAUUAUCAGCUUGAUUCCUAAAACUUAAAUUUUUUCAA